AUGAAGUUUUGGUGGGUCUUCCUCCCCUUAGUAUGGGGUAAUGUAGUAUUCAACCAAUCUAAAGAAACUUUCCCCUUAUAUGAAGGUGAUGAUGUCAAUGUCUAUAUUGACACGAAUGAUUGGCCCGGGGUGUUAAGAGCUAGUAAUGAUUUAGUCAAAGAUUUCGAAAAAGUCACUGGUGAAGAAAGUCUUCGGAUUUCCAAUAUUUCCCUGAGCAACAGUUCCGACUAUUGUCAUCGUGAUCCUUCAAUUGUUAUUGGAACCAUCGGUAAGUCCCGGGUGAUUCAAUCGCUUAUAGAUUAUCAUCAUAUCGAUGUCAGUGCAGUUAAAGGUAAAUGGGAAUCUUACGUAAUCCAGUAUGUAGAAGACUGUAAUACUUUGGUUAUUGCUGGUAGUGAUAAAAGAGGUACCAUUUACGGAAUAUAUUCCAUUUCGGAACAAAUCGGUGUUAGUCCAUGGUAUUUCUGGAGUGAUGUGGCUAUACCACAACGAGAUAAGCUUUAUUUUAAUAUCUCCGCUCCGGUGAUUCAACAGGAACCUAGUGUUAAGUAUAGAGGAUUUUUCUUGAAUGAUGAAGAACCGGCAUUAUCAAGCUGGGUUUCCAAGAACUAUCCUAAAGGAGAAUACACUCAUUAUACUCAUGAAUUCUAUAUGACGAUAUUCGAACUUCUUCUUCGUUUGAAAGCCAAUACUUUAUGGCCAGCUAUGUGGAAAUCAAUGUUUGGUCUUGAUGAUGAUACCAAUCAAUAUUGGGCGGAUUAUUAUGGAAUUGUUAUGUCUACAUCUCAUACCGAACCUUUACAAAGAGCUACUGAGGAAUGGACAGUCAAAGGCAAUGGAUCUUGGGAUUAUACCACCAAUAAAGACAAUAUUUUGGAUUUCUGGAGAGAAGGGAUUCGUAGAGGUAAAGAUUAUGAAGGACUUUGGGUCGAUGGAAUGAGAGGAUUAGGUGAUAAUCCUAUUUCCCAAGAUGUUGAGAUCGAUCUUAUUGAGGAAGUUAUUGCUGAGCAAAGAAAGUUACUUCAAGAAGGUUUUGGUAAUGAUACCGACAUCACCACCAUCCCCCAGGUUUGGUGUUUAUACAAAGAAGUUCAAACGUAUUAUGAAGAAGGUAUGGAAGUUCCUGAUGAUAUCAUCUUAUUAUGGGUAGAUGACAAUUGGGGAAAUAUUCGUAGAUUACCUCAAGGUGAAGAAAGAAAUCGUAGUGGAGGUGCCGGUGUUUACUAUCAUUUCGAUUAUGUAGGAGAUCCUCGUGAUUAUAAAUGGAUUAACACCGUUUCUUUAGGUAGGACCUGGGAACAAUUGAAUUUAGCUUACCACAAAAAUGCCACAGACUUUUGGGUAGUCAAUGUUGGUGAUAUGAAAGCUUUGGAAGUUCCUAUUAGUUAUUAUUUCGACAUUGCCUAUGAUUUCGAACGUUGGGGUCAACCUAAUCUGAUCUUGGAUUGGACUAAUCAUUGGGCCAAUAAGCUUUUUGGUGAAUUCGUUGAUGAAGAAGAAAUUAUAGAUGAUAUCGCUGAUAUCAUUGAUACUUACGGAUUUUUAGCCAGUAAGGUUAAAUAUGAACUUCUUAACACCACCACUUAUUCCUUGAUCAAUUAUAAUGAAGCAGACAUUGUGCUUGAACAAUGGAAGAACCUUUCUGAUCGUGCUUGGACAGUUUAUAAUGAAUCUUUGGCCGAUGAAGCUAAACCUUCAUUCUUCGAAUUGGUGUUACAUCCAUGUCAUGCAGGUUACAUUGUUCAUGAUAUCAUCAUCUCUGCUGGUAAGAAUGAGCUUUAUAUUGAACAAAGGAGGAACCAGGCUAAUUAUUUGGCUGAUCACGUGAGAGCUAAAUUUAAAGAAGAUAAUGAAUGGAAGAAUACCUGGGAUGAAUUAUUAGAUGGGAAAUGGGAACACAUGAUGGAUCAACCUCAUCUUGGUUACUCAUAUUGGCAAAAUCCUAUGAGAAAUGCCAUGCCUUUCAUUGGAGAAUUAUUACUUGAAGACGAAUCAAUGAGUGGAUCUGCUGGUUUGGCUAUUGAUGGAUCUAAUGGGUCUAUUCCUGGUGAUAAUCAAUACAAUGGUGGAACAUAUAACAACAAUACUUUGAUCUUACCUCAACUGGAUCCUUAUUCAGGUAAGACAUGGAUUGAAGUGUUUAAUAGAGGAACUUUAGAUUUUGAAUUUGAAAUCACUCCUUGGAAUGAUUUUGUUAACGUUACUCCAUCAACAGGUAAGCUCAGUGCAUCCAAUGAGUCUAUUUGGAAUUCUAUGAAGUUAGAUGUCGAAGUGGAUUGGGAUAAAGCUGAUGAAGGUUGGAGUUUACAAUAUAUGAACUUCACCACCAAUGUUUCAACCAACUUUUACAUUGUUCCUUCAUAUGUGUACUUACCUAUUAACAAUACUAGAGUUCCUGAAGAUACAAAAGAUGUAUUUGUGGAAUCCAAUGGUUAUAUUUCCAUGGAAGCUCAUCAUUUCACCGGGAACAUGUCCCAAAAUGAUACUUAUUAUGUCGCUCUUGAUAGAUUCGGUCUUACCGAUUCUGGGGUGACAUUAUUCCCUGUGAAUAGCGAUUCACAAACUGCUGAUGAGGAUUCUUCUUUCUUAGAAUAUGAUUUCUAUAGUUUUACUGGUUCUAAUGUUUCAAAUAUCACGGUGGUAUUAUCACCAUCUUUGAACAUUAAUCCUUUCAAACCUUUAAAAUAUGCAAUUGCUAUUGAUGAUGAAGAGCCUCAGGAGUUACAAGUUUAUCAAGAUAAUACUGAACCAACAGCAUAUCCAAAGGGAUGGGAAGAUGCUGUAGCUCGUAAUUCUUGGAUUAGAGAGACCACCCAUGAUAUUUCUCCAGGUAAUCAUACCUUGAAAUUAUGGGCUUUAGAACCUAAUAUCGUAUUUCAAAAAAUAAUUGUUGAUUUUGGAGGGGUCAAGCCAAGUCACUUUGGUCCACCAGAAAGUUUUUUCCUCCAAUAG